CGCUUCUUCGUUUCUUCCGCACACACAUGCAAAGGAGACUGCAGCAACUGAAGAUGGUCCUGCAACUUCUGGAGAUCCUUCUGCAGCUACCUCGUUUCGUCCUUAAGGCUAGUAGUUUAUCAGUAUCCCAUGGAGAUGGCCAUCAAAUUUAUUCUCUUCAAUAUUCUAAACCUCUAGUAUUGAAUUUUUUGUUUUUUCUUAGUUAGGCUGGAUUCAAUCACCGAUACUAUCCCAUGGAGAUGGGUCUGGAGUAUACAAAGUCCAUACGUGGCACCCAUGUAGUCACGACUGUCGUAUGACACGUUGUGGAGCAGUAUAAAAUGCUGUAAUAUUUGUUGAAGAAACCCCCUGCUUGGUAUGAUUCAACGCGGAAACAAACCAAGAAGGGGUACUUCUUCUACACAAACCAGCAGAAGGCAUCUCUCCAUCUCACCCAAGAAACGGGGAAAACGACUGCCGCUAAGAACAUGCUUCCAAGAAGAAUCUGCGAGGCUCAGCGAACUUCGAGGCGAACGCGGUUGCCUUCACACAGGAGGCGCUUGCUUCCACAAAGGAGACGCCUGUGGGCUCCAAGAAGAAUCUGAGAGGUUCACUACGCUUCAACUAGAAGGAACGACACAUGCGGAACUAGAAGGAACGACACAUGCGGAACUAGAAGGAACGACACAAGAAGUCGUCAACGAGAAGGCUAUUGAUAUUCUUCAAAAGUAUCUAUGUAGAUUUUUGUCUUUCUUGAAAGAAGAUUCUUCGAUCAUGAGACUAGUACGACGCCCACGUUCACAAAUAAGCGAUGAAUAAUUAUAGAGCUAGUACUACAGUAACAAUGUCUAUGCCAUUUCUUAUCCUUAAUAUUGAUCGGUUAUUCAAUUUUUCUUUUCUUGCAACAAAAACACAUUUACAUCGAAGACUCCACGUUGUUCACUUAUAAAUAGUGAGGACAAGAAUGUUUACAACAUGAAUUAUAUACAAGAGAACAGUUGUAUUUUUCACUGCGACUGCAAAAAUAAACAACGAGCAUCAUCGAACGAAGAGCAAAUAUACUCACAAAAAACAAUAUCAAAUCAAAAAAUGUUUGUACAUCAAGACCUAGUAGAAGUCGUGAAGAGAAGGAUUUAUAAAUAUAAGUUUUGUAGUGCGAAAAAAACGCAACAAGAACGCAUGUCAUCUUCAUCAAUCAAGAAUGUUACAAUUGCUAGCUAAAAAUCAGAUUCUCCUCGUAGGGGUGUCGGUAUUGGACAAGAAUACAGAAGACCUACUAGGUGCUAGGUACUAUGUCUUCGGAAAAAAAUAUCUACAACUAUACUGAAUCUGAAUGAAAUGAAUUUAUUAGGACUAAAGGCCCGCCUGCCUCAGAAUAUUAUGUAUAAUCUAGAAGAAAUAGAUGAAAUAUCCGCUACAGCUCGGUGCUAUUUUUUGAUGCCAGCCUCAUGCUUCUAUGGACCCUUAACUACUUUGCUGAUCCGAUGCGUUCCGGUGUAAAAACAAACUGGAGAGCAUCGUAGACGCUUCCGGUUCGCGAUAUGCUUAGCCAGUUUUCGGGCUUUGGCGUUGGCUUUAGUUCUACUGGCUAGGCUAAUCCUUGCCCUCAAUCAAUCGCAAUCUAGUUAUUUCGUCAUUCUUCUUCGUAGUUAUAUGCUUCUUACUUGUUUGAUUUUGUUUUUGACGUGGUACAACAAAUAGAAGAACAAGAAGCGGACAAGAUUUCUUGGCCGCGCAAUCACCUGGCCAAGAAGGGACAACAACUUCUGUGCAAGCUGCCGAGAAGAACGUCCGCAGGAGGAUGUGAAACAGACUAGCUCCUCAGUGAGUGGCGAUGGAGAAGGUAGUAGUGGAACCAGAACGUCUGCCGCUUGUGCUGGAAAAAGAAUAGUGCUGGUAGAAGUAGUGGAACAUCAACUAAACAGUAUACCCACUGCAACAAGGAGUUGGACGUCCUGGUUGUGCUCGCGGUUCGCAUAGACAUUUGGGCUUUCGUUGCUCGACCUUGAUAUGGACGAUGAUUCCCCGCAGCCAAUCGGAUAGGAUCAGAAAGGGAAAAAUCACAAGAACCAAUACAACGGUAAGGGGAGCAUGUUCUAGUGGAGGUUGCCUGGCAUUUCCAUCAACUGCAGAUGAAGAGACCAGUUGUAGUACAUAGAGCACUUCGUGUUUCGUCGAGUCAGCCUCUAAUCAUGUUUUGAGUUUUCGUUGGCAACGUAGUAACAACAAAAACGUAUCAUACAUCACUCGCUUCACCUUCAGCUAACAUUAUUGACAAGUCUCAUCAUGAUCUUCCAACCAAUAUUGACAAUAAAAUCACCAUCAAAUGCAAUAUCUACACAAGAACUAGUCGUCGGGACAAGAAUUAGAGAUUACGGGAACACUAGUACUACAAAUCAAUAGACUCGUCGUCGUCGACGAUGAAUGCAUGCGAGGACUGACUCACAAGAAGUAAAAACAUCUUCAAGCCAAUAUUUUUAUGUGACAAGAACAGGUCAGAUGACUUCCAAGUAGUAAUAACAGGCCAGACACACACAUGUUGUUGAGGGUACUAAACACACAAUCUUCUAACUUCACACAGACACGCUCGUAGUGGAUGGAUUUGCCAAAUGGAUCACACUGAGUCUUCACUUCGUGGGAUACGUUCAAAC